UUCUCGGGCAACCAUUAAGACACAGUAAGAAAUAAACCCGGAGAAGUCUCAGCAGCCCCCCGAAAAGACUCUAGGCAUUUCACAAUGUUCACACUCAGAAAUCAAACUAAAUCUCUGAGAAAAUUUGUAGGAAGAGAAGGAGAAAGAAGAGUAAGGAUAUUAAUGGAGAGUACAAUGGUUGAUCCUAAAACUAGUGUUGGUGGUGGAGUUCAAGAUGUAUAUGGUGAAGAUCGUGCUACUGAAGAUCAACUUGUUACUCCAUGGACUCUCUCCAUAGCCAGUGGAUGUACAUUGUUGAGAGAUCCUCAUCACAACAAAGGACUUGCAUUCUCUGAAAAGGAGAGAGAUGCACACUACUUGCGAGGCCUUCUCCCCCCAGCAGUUCUAACUCAAGAGCUUCAGGAGAAGAAAGUGAUGCAAAGUCUACGAAAAUAUGAAGUCCCAUUGCAAAGAUACAUGGCCAUGAUGGAUCUUCAGGAGAGGAAUGAAAGGCUAUUCUACAAGCUUCUUAUCGAUAAUGUUGAGGAGUUGCUUCCUGUCGUUUAUACCCCAACUGUUGGUGAGGCUUGCCAGAAAUAUGGUACCAUCUUCAGGCGUCCUCAGGGUCUUUACAUCAGUUUGAAAGAGAAGGGUAAAAUACUUGAGGUAUUGAAGAACUGGCCUGAGAAGGAUAUCCAAGUUAUUGUCGUUACUGAUGGUGAGCGAAUUUUGGGUCUUGGGGAUCUUGGCUGCCAGGGAAUGGGAAUUCCUGUUGGUAAACUUGCCUUGUACACUGCACUUGGAGGUCUUCGUCCUUCUGCAUGCUUGCCUAUAACUAUUGAUGUGGGCACAAACAACCAGAAGUUGCUGGACAAUGAGUUCUACAUUGGGCUCAAGCAAAAGAGGGCAACUGGGCAGGAAUAUGCCGAUCUUCUACAUGAGUUUAUGUCUGCAGUUAAACAAAAUUAUGGGGAGAAAGUUCUCGUACAGUUCGAAGACUUUGCAAACCACAAUGCAUUUGAAUUACUCUCAAGAUAUAGCAAAAGCCAUCUUGUUUUCAAUGAUGAUAUCCAGGGGACUGCAUCUGUGGUUCUUUCGGGGGUCGUUGCAGCGUUGAAGUUAGUAGGUGGAACCCUACCUGAUCAUAAAUUCUUAUUCCUUGGUGCUGGAGAGGCUGGAACUGGUAUAGCCGAACUCAUAGCUCUUGAGAUAUCUAAACAGACACAAUCUCCAGUAGAGGAGACACGCAAGAAGAUUUGGCUUGUGGACUCAAAGGGAUUGAUUGUUAGCUCACGGAAGGAGUCACUUCAGCACUUCAAGAAGCCUUGGGCUCAUGAGCACGAACCUGUUAAGGAACUUAUAGAUGCUGUCAAGGCAAUCAAACCAACGGUAUUGAUUGGUUCUUCUGGAGUAGGACAAACAUUCACAAAGGAAGUAGUUGAGGCCAUGGCUUCCUUUAACGAGAAACCUAUAAUUCUGGCUCUAUCCAACCCAACGUCACAAUCUGAAUGUACAGCUGAACAAGCUUACACAUGGUCAGAGGGUCGUGCUAUUUUUGCUAGUGGAAGCCCAUUUGAUCCUGUGGAAUAUGAUGGAAAAGUUUUUUCGCCUGGGCAGGCAAAUAAUGCUUACAUUUUCCCUGGGCUUGGUCUUGGUUUGGUAAUGUCUGGUGCAAUUCGUGUGCAUGAUGACAUGCUUCUAGCUGCAUCGGAAGCUUUAGCUGACCAGGUUAGCCAAGAGCACUUUGAUAAAGGUUUGAUCUACCCACCAUUCACUAAUAUCAGAAAGAUAUCAGCACACAUAGCUGCAAAUGUAGCUGCUAAAGCUUAUGAACUCGGUGUUGCUACACGCCUCCCUCGCCCUGAGAAUCUAGUGAAGUAUGCUGAGAGUUGUAUGUACAGCCCUAUCUACCGGAACUACAGAUAAAUGAGUUUAUCUCCUCUGCAGUUUUUUUAGUUACCCUUUUGUGCAAGGUGUUGCUGUUUUGUUUUCGGGCUUUUGCCAGUCUUCCACGAGUGUUUCACUAAUUUCCUGUUGCGAUUGUCAAGUACAGUCAGUCAUAAGUUGGGUGUAGGUUUAAAGUUUUAUCGUCUUUGCUGUUCUGAAACUGCUGUCGUUUCAGAUUCAGUUUGAGCAAAACUAAUGAGCUUUAUUCAAUUGUAGUUUUCUUUAAAUCCUUGUUAGUAAUUUCCUAUGGAUCAUUGUUAAUCUCUGUGGUUUACAGUGAGGAAACCACAUUUUUAAAAGCUUUACAGAAUCUAAAAUGGCAAUGAUGUUUCGCGUUUA